AAAUAACUGAUGCUUGGUUGUGUUUUAGGAAAUCAUCAUUGACCAUCACUGAAAUCAUCAUUCUACUUUUACUCAGAAAUCAUCAAUCUUGAAGUUUAGACAGAUAAAAGCUGCUCAUUAGAACAUCCAUUGAUCACAUCAUCAAAUCCAUCAAGAAAUUAACAAGAAACAACAAGGAUCUCCUCCAAUUCUCAAAUCAUUAAUCUUCAAAUUACAAACAACAACAACAACAAUCAGAACUCACUCCUAAAACCACCUAUAUAUCAAUUUUCUCUUUUUUAACUUUACUUCUUUUUUUCUUUUAUCCUGAUCAUCCUCUUGAUCAAACCAAAAUCAAAUUCCAUUCAAACUUGAAUUUCAUAAUUUGAUUGAUUUGGGUGGUUUGACCGUUGUAUCCCCUUUGAAAACCUACCCUACCUACACACAUUUUUUUACCUUAACUACUCACUUAAAACUUAUUUUAAUUAAACUCUCGAUAAAACUUGAAACUUCAUUUCAUAUAUAAAGCCCUCUUCAGAUCUCGAUACUCUUCAUCUUCAACUCAUCGUUCUUAUUUUCAUUUCAUAUCAAUCUUCUUAUAAAUACUUUCCAAUUGCUCAAAGCAUUUCUUUACUCCAACCAUCUCACUCUCAAGCUCGUCUUACUACACCUUUACACAGUCUAUAAAUCACCUUUCAUCAUCAACAUCACUUACUAGAUCUUCACUUGUCUUAUAUCACCUAACCUCCUAAUCAAUCAACUACAUCAACCAAUCCCUCAAUCCUUUCUUCUUUCAAUGGCUCCUCAAAUCUUACUCAGUUUACCAUUCCCAGGUUCAGCAACUAUGAUUUUACAAAACUCAUCAAACUAUAGAAAUCCAAAUGAAAUCUUACAAGCCGUUUGUGAAUAUGCCAAUCUACCCAACUCAUUUGUUUCUUCACUUCGUCUUUCAAGGUCCGGUAAACCUUGGGAUGGUCAAAUCGAAAACCAUCAAGUCGAUUUCAUCACGGCUGAGGUGGCUAUGCGACUCAGAGGCGGUGCUCCCAAGAAACGAUGUCAACAUGCCAAGAAUAGUGUCAAUGAAUCUCAGUGUUCUCAACCUGCAUUACGUUUGGUUGGUGAUUGUCCACAUUGUACUUUUCAAUUCUGUGCUCGUCAUCGACUUCCAGAAGAUCAUGCUUGUCUCAACAUGACUUCUUGCCGUGAGGCAGCUUUUGCGAAGAAUAAAGCUAAACUAGAAAGCGAAAGAACGGUCGGAAGUAAGAUGGUUGGAGCAUAAGCCAGAUGAAAUCUCUGGUUAACCUUUCACUAUCUAACUAUCAUUCCAUUCAGAAUCAUAAAUCUCACCAAUUUUUCUUCUCUUCUUUUGGGAUCAUUUCUUUUUUAUUCUAUCUUGCUAAACGUACAUUACUUUUCAUCCUUUUCAAGUGUACCUCUUACCAAUUUUCUCAUCUCCAUUCUUCCUUUCAAUUAAAUUAAGACUCUGAUUCUUUUUUUUGAAGAAGAGCUUAAUUUAAUUUGAAAUUUCCUUUUUUUUCUUCUUUCUUUCUCUCUCUCUCUACUGGGUUAUCAUGAUUUUGUCAAUAGUCUUUUUAUUUUCUUUUUUAAAGGUGUUUAAUUCCAUUUAUUCAUUUUUUUUUGAGGAUUUUUCUUUGCCUUGCUAAAUCGUCUGAUGUUUUUCAAUGCGGUUUCACACAAGGUAUAAUUUAACUCUUUGAUCUUUAUCCAAUAUCCUAUUCAUUGCUGAUUCAUAAUGCCAUCUACUUCAACAUGUUGUGUG